CUCAGAGGCGUUUCGAACCGGAAGUUUAGCGGAAAAUUUAAAAUGUCACUUUAUAAGUUAACCCGGCCGUAUUGGCAUGUGUUAUAAUGUUAAGAUUUCAUCAUUGAUAUAUAAACUAUCAGACUGCGUGGUCGGUAGUAGUGGGUUUCAGUAGGCCUUUAACUAUUAGGUUUUUGGGAAUUACUAUUGACUUAGGGCACCGGCGUCAAACUCAAGGCAUUUUAUGUGGCCCGUGAACCGCUGGAAAUAAUAUACGUCAAUAAAGUACCAUAUCAUUUUACAUGAAAUGUAUUCAGGUUCCAAUAUAUCAUCAUACUUAACAGUUUAUGUCAAAAUAAAAACAAAUACUUAAACAUCUGCUUGACUUAAGAUUUCAGAGCAAGUUAUUCAUCAAAUUGUAAAUGACAAUAGAUUUUACGGUACAAUUUAUUGUGGUUUUUACAGCAUAUUACUGUAAAUUGAAAAAACCCCAUCUACCACUGUUUUUAAUAGUAAAAUAUAUGGUUGUUUUAACAGUGUAUUCCUGCAAAUGGAAAAAAACGGUACCACAUUUUUUUACGGUAAAAAACCGGCAGCUCAAAUGCCAGAAUAAAAAAUGUUAAUGUAUUCCAUAAAUGUAAAAACCAAGGUAAAUCAGGCAGGCAUAUACGUAUGAGGGGGCAGUGAGAAAUGUGAAGGGGGCAUAUUGUGUACACCUAUUUUCUGUGCUAAUACACUAUUAACAUUGCCUUCUUCAUUGAAUGUGGUUGUUGGCUACGUGUCCAACUCCAACCUGGAGAAGUGGGAUGCACUUUGUCAGGCCGGGUGUACCACCUGAAGACUAAGCCCCUGCUGGUAUAGCUCUUCAGGGGUAUGCAAGCCUCUGACCACAAUAGGGUGGCAAUGCCUCAGGGGGGAAGCUAAAACAAGUAAAGUCAAUAAAAUAAAGUAUCAUUCAUCCACAUUUGAUCAACAUUUAUCUCAACUUGACGGCAUGAUUCUUAAACUGAAUUUAACCUUAAGUAGGACUUCACACACAAUAGUCUAAAUUACAAAACUGAAAGGUACAGUAGUCUUAUGAAUAGUACAAAAACAUUCUUCUCUCUCUCUCUCUCUCUCUCUCUCUCUCUCUAGGUCGUCCUCAGACGAGCCUUCCAUCCUCAAUUCCAGUUAUCCCGGUUCUCAAUACCUCUGCUUAGCGCUCCUGCGUCUUCUUUGAGUACAUCCACAAAUGUUACUGUGGGACGUGCCCAUGUGUUGGUUCCCUCUACCCUGCCUGGUAGAUCCUGAUGUCCUUGGCAGUGCCCUGCGAGUCUCAUUCUCCCGGCUGCUAUUUUGUUACCCUGAAUAUUCUUUGGUAACAUGUGCGCCCUUGUUGAUGGUGAGAACUACAUGUAGCAUUCUGGUGUAGCGCCCGUUUAUAAGAGCCUUCUGCAGCGUUGGCUUCAGGGUCCAGCAUUCACUGCCAUAAAAGAGGACAGAUUCUACCGUCGCAUAGAACAAGCAAAAUUGGUUUCUCGUGGGAGUUUAGAGUUCCAUACACUGGCCAUGCCAUUCAGGGCCUUCCUCAAUUUUAGGUCUUGUUCUGUCGAGUUAACCCAUGAGCCCACAACCCUCAGGUUGACCACCUCCGUUUUCUUGGCAUUCAGUCUUAGGCCGACCUCGGCACACUCUGACUGCACUCUGCUCAAAAGCUCUUGUGCUUGUUCCAUAUGGUUGGAGAACAGGCAGAUGUCGUCCGUGUAGUCGAGGUCAGUUAGGACUACGGCAGGGCCUCGAUGAUGCAAGAGUAAGACCAACAUGCUCAACCUAGUUUAUCAUCAGGUCAGCUGCAUCAUGCCUCAAAGCCUCUGCAUUCUAGUAAUGAGUAAUGUGCGGAUCAAUGCUGAAAUAUCGACACCAGAUCUUUAUGCUGUAAUAUUAAUUCUCAAGUCAAAAUAUCGAUACUUUUGAUACUUAAGUUAUUUGUGAUUAUGUAUAUCAACAUCAGGAUCACAGUGUUAGGUCAUUAAUUUGGUGGGAAGUACUUUUUCUUCUGCAUAGGUAAGAACGUUCAGCGAGACUACUGACCAGCUCCACGAAGCUGUUCGACGAAGAGUCCCAAAAGCAUGCUAAUGUUGGUAAUGCUGCCUGAGGCUGAGCCAAUCAGUGGCCACGAUACUGAAAAGCACGUUUGAAUGAUGUUUUUACCACAUGGAAGUUUCCCCAGUCUCGUCACCGUGUGGAUCCUUCGACCAAUCAGCUUCACGAUCCUCCCGUCAGCUGUUCCGCUAAACAGAACAUCUGCACACACGAGAGAGCAGUUGGUGUUUUCUAAUGGCAGCCAAUAGGAACCCGGCUGACCUCCGAUGUUGGCGAUGGACUCGGGUCCCACAAUGAGGUCCUCAAAGAGCCUCUGAGCGUGUCGGAGCUUCAGGUUGGCCUCCCAGCAGCCCGACAUGAGCGGAGGCUCCUUCAGCCUGCGGAACAAAGCAAAACACUUUCACUUUUCCUUCAGCUUCUCGGCUCCCAGCGAUGGACAGAAGGGGGCGGGGCCUCACAUGAAGACUUCAGGCUGGAUGGGAGACUCCAGGAUGAGGACGACGACCAGCAGAGGAAGCAACAGGAAGCCGCCCACCGACAACAAAGUCACCUGAAAAACGCGCCCACUGUACGUGCUGAAACAGGAAGUGACAUCAUCAGUCAGCUUGAAGAUACAUUUUAUUUAAGCUGGCCUGGGAACGCCUCGGGAUCCCCCGGGAAGAGCUGGACAAAGUGGCUGGGGAAAGGGAAGUCUGGGUUUCCCUGCUUAGGCUGCUGCCCCCGCGACCCGAUCUCGGAUAAGCGGAAGAAGAUGGAUGGAUGAUGGUGUGCGGCCCUCAGUGGAAAAAGUUUGCACGCCCCUGCUGUAGGCUAUGGAGCAACGUCACAAUCCUCUUCUUUACUACCCACGCCUGCCGAUGUGACGUCAUCACCGCGCGACCCUCCACAGUGUUGACAGCGGCAAAGCGAGGAAUGAAGACAAACCGGAAGAAACAAUGACUUCCAACUUUACCGAAUAACUAUUACUAGUUCAUUCAAGCUACCCCAAUAAAAUGAGCGGCGAUGAAGAGAUCCAGGCUGCUUGUACUCGUAGUCUCAGCCGCCUGUGUGCUGGUCUAUGUCUUGCUGGUCAGACGCCACUACUCCACGGGCGGUCCUGACACGCGCUGGCCACCCCCCCACCUGCCCGCCAGCGUCGAACACUUUCAGUACGGCAUCAUGUUCGACGCCGGGAGCACCGGCACCAGAAUCCAUGUUUUCAAGUUCAAGAUGGACGGUGAAGACGGUCCCGCUGUGGUCCGCGAGACGUUCCGAGCCAUCCAGCCCGGACUGUCCGCCUACGCCGACCAUCCUGAGGAGUGUACCGCCGGCAUCUUGGAGCUGCUGGAUGUGGCGAAGGCCAGGGUCCCGUCCUCCGCGUGGAGCGCCACCCCGCUGGUUUUGAAAGCUACCGCUGGCCUCCGCCUGCUUCCUGUCGAGAAGGCCAACAACCUUCUGGAGCGGGCGAGGGCGCUGUUUGACACGUCGCCUUUCCUGUCCCAGCACAACAGCGUGUCCAUCAUGGACGGCCCUGAUGAAGGAAUUUCUGCAUGGAUCACCAUCAACUUCCUCACGGGUUCCCUCCACCACGGCCACUCGGCCACGGCGGGCAUGUUGGAUUUAGGCGGGGGGUCCACUCAGAUCACCUUCAGCCCACAAGACGAGAAAAGCGUCCAGACGUCGCCCAUGGACUACAUCAGGUCCUUGACCCUGUUCAGCAUCAGCCGCACCCUCUAUACGCACAGUUACCUCGGUCUGGGCCUGAUGUCCGCUCGACUCGCCGUCUUGGGAGGCGUCAACGCUCCGCCUUUAGGAGGCAGCACUGAGCUGGUGAGUCCCUGCCUGGCUGCAGACUACUCGGGCAGCUGGGAGUACGCUGACACCGUGUUCACUGUGAGCGGACAUAGGGCAGGGGAGGAGCCUUACGAGGCGUGUCUGACCAAGGUGAAAAAGGUCCUGUCGGGGAAGGUCAACAUGGCCGAGACCGCCGGCGUGGACUUCUACGCCUCCUCCUACUACUACGACCGGGCCCUAGACCUGGGCCUCAUCGACAAGGUUGAAGGAGGAAGCAUCCUGGUGUCUGACUACACAGGAGCAGCUAAAAAGGUGUGCAGCGAGAUGUCCCUGAGUCCAUCGCACAACCCUUUCCUCUGCCUGGACCUGGUCUACAUGUCAGUCCUGCUGCAGGAGCUGGGCUUCCCGCCACAGAAACCUCUCAAGCUGGCCAGGACCAUCAAUCAGGUGGAAACCAGUUGGGCCCUCGGAGCGAUCUUCCAGUACAUGGAGGUCCUGCAACCCACAAAGAACUGAUCCUAGGGCCUGAACCCAAAAGAUCAGUCCUGCUCUGGUCUUCGGACGACCAGAAGAAUCUUGCUGGAACUUCACUUCAGUUCUUCUGGACUCCGUUAUCCAGCUCAAGACUGAUAGUUUCUGUUUCUGGCAUCGAUUAGUCAUGUCUGGCAGCUCUCGGGGCGAUUCCAGUACAUGGAGGUCCUGCAACCCACAAAGAUCUGAUCUUAGGGCCUGAACCCAAAAGAUCAGUCCUGCUCUGGUCCUCGGACGACCAGAAGAAUCUCGCUGGAACUUCACUUCAGUUCUUCUGGACUCCUUUAUCCAGCUCACGAUUGAUAGUUUCUGUUUCUGGCAUCGAUUAGUCAUGUCUGGCAGCUCUCGGAGCGAUCUUCCUGUACAUGGAUGUCCUGCAACCCACAAAGAUGUGAUCCUAGGGCCUGAACCCAAAAGAUCAGUCCCGCUCUGGUCUUCGGACGACCAGAAGAAUCUUGCUGGAACUUCACUUCAGUUCUUCUGGACUCCGUUAUCCAGCUCACGACUGAUAGUUUCUGUUUCUGGCAUCGAUUAGUCAUGUCUGGCAGCUCUCUUGAUGUCUGAUCACAACACUCCAUAGAGCAGGGGUCACCAACGCGGUGCCCGCGGGCACCAGGUAGCCCGUAAGGACCAGAUGAGUAGCCCGCUGGCCUGUUCUAAAAAUAGCUCAAAUAGCAGCACUUACCAGUGAGCUGCCUCUAUUUUUUAAAUUUUAUUUAUUUACUAGCAAGCGGGUCUCGCUUUGCCCGACAUUUUUAAUUCUAAGAGAGACAAAACUCAAAUAGAAUUUGAAAAUCCAAGAAAAUAUUUUAAAGACUUGGUCUUCACUUGUUUAAAUAAAUUCAUACAUUUUUUUACUUUGCUUCUUAUAACUUUCAGAAAGACAAUUUUAGAGAAAAAAUACAACCUUAAAAAUGAUUUUAGGAUUUUUAAACACAUAUACCUUUUUACCUUUUAAAUCCCUUCCUCUUCUUUCCUGACAAUGUAAAUCAAUGUUCAAGUAAAUUAUUUUUUUUUAUUGUAAAGAAUAAUAAAUACAUUUUAAUUUAAUUCUUCAUUUUAGCUUCUGUUUUUUUGACGAAGAAUAUUUGGGAAAUAUUUCUUCAAACUUAUUAUGA